CAAAGUUGACCUUCUGCAGCAGUGGCAGAGCAGAGUGAGUGCUGAAUCGUUAGUGACCGGAGGCGCUCUCCUCUGAACGUCGGUUUCAUUUUCACGAUGAGUUUUAAUGUCAGCACACGGGGCGAACAGCUUUGGGGAAGACAGUGCCAGUCAUGCGCUGGCACCAUUUUUUGAACCCCGAAAACCGAAUUUUAGAGCCGACCACGGAUAAAUCUAAUUCACAGGCAUCCCCUCGCCGGGCGAUGGAGGUCCUUCGUUAAGGGCUUGGGGGAGACAAACUGUCGGAAUUUCGCCAAAAUUACGACGGGAAUUAAGUACAGCUCCCUGUCUCCCGGCAACGGGAGAGACCACCUGCCGCUCGUGAUGUCUCGUGCUAAGGAGCGGCUGAAAGGCGGGAAUGAGACCAAGGACAGCGUCACUCUGCUGCCGUGCUUUUACUUUGUAGAGCUCCCUAUCCUGGCCUCCUCUGUUGUUAGCCUUUAUUUCCUGGAGCUGACGGAUAUUUUCCAGCCGGUGCAUUCUGGGUACAGUUGCAAUGACCGCAGUCUGUCUCUGCCCUACAUCCUGCCCAGACAGGAAGUCUGCCCACUGCCUCUGCUCUUCAGCUUGGCCUUCGCCGCUCCCACUGCCACGAUUCUUAUAGGAGAAGCCAUUCUGUACUGCUAUCUCUCCAGGAGGUCAUCAGCUACGCAGACUGAGGCUAACAUCAACGCUGCAGGCUGCAAUUUCAACUCCUACAUCCGCAGGGCCGUCCGCUUCAUAGGUGUGCAUGUCUUCGGCCUGUGUGUGACAGCACUGAUAACUGAUAUUCUCCAGCUGUCCACUGGUCAACACACACCCUACUGGUUGGAUGUGUGUAAACCCAACUUGACCCACAUUAACAUAUCCACUUGUGAUGAAGCUUUUAUUCUGGAGGAUAUCUGCUCCGGACAAGACACUGGGCUCAUCAAUGCUGGGAGGAAGUCGUUUCCCUCCCAGCAUGCAACUCUGGCUGCCUUUGCUGCUGUCUACAUCUCAAUGUACUUCAACACGGUGCUGACAGACUCUGCCAAGCUGCUGAAGCCUCUCCUGGUGUUCUCCUUCGUCAUGCUGGCCAUCCUGGCCGGGCUGACCCGGAUCAUCCAGUUCAGAAACCAUCCUGUCGAUGUCUACUGUGGAUGGUUACUGGGAGCUGCCAUUGCCUUUUAUCUGGGUGUGUAUGCAGUGGGCAACUUCCAGCCCAGUGAGGAUCGGUCCAGAAGUCGAGCACCUACCCCCACCCUGAGAGAGCCCCCCCUCUCCUCCUUACCCAAUGUCAGCCAAUCAACAAUUAGCAACAGCCACCAAGGUCACCACACGUUGGCUCCCAGCCAACCAGAGCCCAUCAUCACCAGGACCUCUUCCCACACUUUGUCCCCCAACCAACCAGAGCCCAUCCUGAUGCGAAGUGCCUCCUACCGAGAGCCGUCUCUGUCCAAUCUGAAAAGAGCUAGUGCUGAGGUGGAAGUGAUAACCCCAUCCAGUCCCCUGGGCAACCAUGACAAGAUGACCUUCAGCAGCAGCACACUGCCAAGGUCCCAUGGAGGCUCCUCAUUAGAAGAGGGUCGCAUUCCACGCCGUCACGCCUCCAUCCAUGCAUCAAUGGACUCAACCCGAUCCAAACAGCUGCUCAGCCAGUGGAAGAAUAAAAACGACAACAGGAAGCUGUCCCUGCAGGUGAUGGAUGGAAUAAGACCAGCCUCCUCCUCAUCUCCUCAGAGGAACAUGGAGCUGCGUUGCUCCUCUGAACCUUCUGCUAUGGGCCUAGAGGCAGAGCUCCGAGGUGGAAUACACCUGCCUUCACUUAUCGCUUGUCAAGAAACAGAACAACGUGCUGGGGCUCACAUUCCAGUUCAAUACAUGAAACUAGCAGCAAGCUCUGUUCCUAUGGCCAAUCAUAAUCACCAGACCCAUAAUGGCAGCAGCGGAAUGGCUGGUGGGGCCAGAGUGUCUAUCCAAUCCCGGCCUGGAUCCUCCCAGCUGGUUCACAUUCCUGAGGAGGACAACUUCACCAGCAGGGAUCAUGAGAGUGAAUCAGAGGACAGCAUUAUGGAUGGAGGUGGGUCAGUGAGGGAAAAGUGGCUAAGAGUGGCUGAGAAGACCACCAUCCCCUGCAGGCCGCUCAGUGCUGGAGGACAGCCUCGUCUUAUGCAGGUGAUAGCCUUAUCCAAACAGCAGGGUCUGCUACACUCUCCUCGAUCGGAGGAUGGUGGAUCCAUUCGGUACCGAGCCUUGACAGACCAGGACCCAUCACCACCGGCCUCUACCACAGGAGCAGUGGGAGGAGGAGGGGUUUGGAAAGAAGUGGCAGCAUAGUCCGUGUUGAAGCCCACCCAGAGUCCAGAUCAAACAAAAACUGUGGUGAAACCUCCACGCACCGAUGGAAGUGGCUCUGGCGAUGGAAACCACCAGAACAACGAGCCUCGCUCCGACAGUAGCUUCACCCUCAACGACCUGAACAGAACCACUGACGCUGUGAUUCGCUGAGGGAUGGAGGGUCAGUGGUGGGGGAGGAGCGUGGCAGGAACCGAAACUGAGAGUGAAGCUGGAGGAGACGGAGGGGGAGGAGGAGACGAGAGGGGGCGUGGGAGGAGGUGAUACACAAACCAUCCCCAUGUUGUACACCCUUAUUCCUUUACAUCCCAUAACCCAACAACUUCCAACACCCCAAUUUUAACCCCAACAAUCCCAACUGUAAUAACAUUCACUUUAACUUCAACCCCAACUCUGCAUUUCAACCACAACUCUGCCAACUUCAACCCCAACUCUGCCAA